CUUUAUAAACACUGACCGGAAGUUCCGGUCUCGCUAGCAACAUAGCUUGGCUUGUGUUAGCUUUAAGCUAGUGAGUGUUGAUAAAGUGAGUUGAACGUAGGAGGAGCUUUCGGAAAUUCGUCUCCGUUUUAACAACAAGAACACACGUGAAAAGGUGGCUAUUGUCGCCGAUUACCUGGAUACGCUUGUCAUCUCGCACCAAACAGCCUGUUGUCUUGAAAACUUGUGGGAGAAGUGACAACAGACAGAGUUCAAACUGAAUGGCUGAGGGCUCCUCAGACCCACCCGACCUUAAUCCAGAUGAUGCGUCCCAUCAAAGACCCUAUCAGCAUCACAAAUCCGGAAGAGGCCGGCCCAGAUACAACAAUGACAGAAACCUGAAUAGCUAUGAUCCUUCUCAACAAUAUGGACACUUUCAUCAGGGCUUUAAAUCCCAAUUUAGCCAUGAUAAUUCAAAUGAUGCAUUGCAUCAGCAUCCUUUCUACCAAGGAGAGGAUGGAGCCAGAAGGCGAGGCACAGGCAGAGGUAGAGGAAGGAGAGAAGGGAAUAGAAGUGUAAAUGGAAAUUUUGGGAGCUCCAGUUGGCAAAGGCCUGGAGGCGACGUUGGCCUGUAUAGUGGUAACAACAGGGGUGUUGGGGGGUUUCACUCUGGGACACAUCCCAUGUAUGAUGGACCUGAUAGACCCAGCUGGCGAAGAGAAGAUGCAAGUAAGAAUUUUGAACAAUCCAAUGAAGACCCGGAUACCCGGGUUAAAAAACCCAGGAAGUUUAGCCAGGAGCAGAGGAGAGGACAACGAAAUGAAAGGGGUACUCGCUUAAAGGAGAACAACACUGUAGUAGAGGGUCAGAGGUCAAAUGACACCAAAGGAGAAAGCCUUCCUUCAGACAUCAGGGAAAGAAGUCAGAGGAGCAAGACAGGUCCAGACUCUCAGCAUGAUGAUCAUCAAUGGAAACCCACUGAAGCAAAGCGACGGCAAGGCCCAAUCAAACCGUCAUCUGAAGAGGAAACGGGCUCAGAAAGGUGGGCCGGAAAGUAA